GGGGCAGCAGGCACCGGGCCCCCAGGCGGAGCGGCGGGCACCGGGUCAUCAGGCACGACAGCGGGCAUCGGGUCACCAGGCAUCAGGUCAUUUGGCUUGCCAGCGGGCACCGCAUCAUCUGGCAAGGCAGUGGGCACCGAGUCUCCAGGCACAAUAGUGGGUUCCGAGUCAACUGGCAUUGGAUCGUCUGGCUCGACAGCGGGCAUCGGGUCACCAGGCAUCAGGUCAUUUGGCUCGACAGCGGGCACCGCGUCAUCUGGCAAGGCAGUGGGCACCGAGUCACCAGGCACAACAGUGGGCUCUGAGUCAAUUGGCAAGACAGCGGGCACCGGGUCCUCAGGUACCAGAUCGUCUGGCUUGACAGCAGGCACCGGGUCACCAGGCAUCAGGUCAUUUGGCUCGACAGCGGGCAUCGUGUCAUCUGGCAAGGCAGUGGGCACCGAGUCACCAGGCACGACAGUGGGCUCCGAGUCAACUGGCAUGACCGCGGGCACUGGGUCAUCAGGCGUGAUAGGAUCAUCAGGCUGGAUCAGUUCAUGAGGCUGGGUACAGACAUCAGGCUGAAGUGCGGGUGCCGAGGCACCAGGC